UUGAAAGAACAAUUUGGAUGUUUGAAGCUGUGAUACUAACAUUACUUUGAGCUCUUACAUGGUAAUGUCCCACCACCAACACUAAAAGAAGAAAGCAGGUUUUACCGACCCUUCUCUUGGUAGCUACACGCAGAAAUAACUCAGUUUCUUGUUGUUAGGAGCCUGGCUGAAACAGGGCUGUUUGACAGAUGAGAGAACUACAGUUUAGAGAAGCUAAACAGUUUGCUUGAGGUUCACACUCCUGAGCAACACUUGUUACUUCUGUUACAUCUCUUUAGGCAGCUAAUUUUCCCACUCAGAGCUUCUGAUGAUUUUAAGCGUCCUCCUGUCCCCAAAAUCUCUAGCCUCUCUCCUUGCCUCAUUCUCAGCUCAUGACCUGGGCUUUUCACAGAGAAUCAGUCAUCAGGACAAGAAAUGCCUACACUUUCCAACACCAGAACUUCUUUUUUUUUGUUUGUUUUUUUAAGAUUUUAUUUAUUUAUUUGACAGACACAGCGAAAGGGGGAACACAAGCAGGGGGAGUGGGAGAGGGAAAAGCAGGCUUCCCGCCGAGCUGGGAGCCCUACGUGGGCCUCUAUCCCAGGACCCUGGGAUCAUGCCCUGAGCCAAAGGCAGACGUAAUGACUUGAGCCACCCAGGCACCCUCCAACAACUGUCAAAAGGCUGUGUCUCCACCUGUUCUCUGUAUCCCAACCCUUCUUGCCUUAUAGGAAUCUUACAUUCCUCUCUCCUGUAUCUUCAGCCUCUUUGUAGGAUCCUUCCUAUCAUCAUUUAGUAUUCUGGUCUAACCAAUUUAGAAUGCACAUACCUGGUUCUUUAUCUUCCUCUGCUUAUCAUCUCUUGCCUCCCAUCCACACUCACCCUCUGCACCUUUAUGUCUCAACUCCACUCUGGCCUGACAUCCACCCACAUUAGUCAGCUGUGACAACCAUACCAAGGUCACUGGGGUCUAUCCCCAAUUAGGACUGACACCCUUUCUGGACAUGGACAUACUUUGAUUCUUUUAUUUAUUUAUUUUUAUUUUUUAUUUUUUUUAAAGAUUUAUUUAUUUGACAGAGAUACAGUGAGAGGGAACACAAGCAGGGGGUAGUGGGAGAGGGAGAAGCAGGCUUCCCGCUGAGCAGGGAGUCGGAUGCAGUGCUCCAUCCCAGGACCCGGGAUCAUGACCUGAGCCGAAGGCAGACGAUUAACGCCUGAGCCACCCAGGCGCCCCAUACUUUGAUUCUUUUAAUCUUGAUGGGAAAGCAGUUUUAGGAUACUGACAAACAGAAAUCUGUCAGAGACUUUCACAUGCUCUGAAUUUAUCCUCUGGGAAAUGUAAUGUUCAAACCAUAUUUAGAUACUAACUUUAAUAGCUUUCAUCCUUUUACCUGAGGGCAGACAACUUCAAGUAUCUAUGUGGUCCCAAACACCAAAUUGACAUUCCUCCUAUCAGGAAUAAACUAAGAGGUUUGCCUAGCAGCCUAGAUUUGAAUAUAAUAACUUUUAUAGUGACAAUAUAGUUCAAUACUAAAAACAUCCAUCAUUUAUAUAGUGAUGAUUAUGUGGCAGGUGCUACUUUAUGAGCUUUGCAUGUAUUAAUCCAACUGAACUUCUGUAGGGAAUUUCCAGGUCAUCUGCUCCAGCAUUUUGUUUUGUCCCCAGAGAGCCUAAUUCUUUAGAACCUUCUUACUACUUAAUUCCAUAAACCCUGGGAUGAAGUUCUGUGUUAGUCCUUAAAAUAAUUUUCCCAAGAUUUGAGACACUUAAAUCAUCUGGUACUGAGCAAAAAACAUGUCAGUAGAAGAAUCUAUAUAGAUUGUUCAUAAGUGCAAACAUGCAAAUCUGUUAAAGAAGCAGUGACGUUUUUACAUCCCUGCCCUGGAACAGCAAUCAUAAUUUUUUUUUUUUUAAGAUUUUAUUUAUUUAUUUGAGAGAGAGAAUGAGAGAGAGUAUGAGAGGGAAGAGGGUCAGAGGGAGAAGCAGACUCCCCGCCGAGCAGGGACCCUAACCACUUUCUUUUUUAAACACCACCCACAUUCAAUGUUGCCACCUCAUUAUUUCUCAGAUCCAUCCACAGCCCUGCAUCUCCACUGCCACACACUCUAGCCUGUACCUAGCAUCUACGGCCACCAACCUAGCCCAAACCUUUAGAAUAAAACUCAAAAUCAUUAACUCAGCAACCUGGGUGAUUAGGCCCUCACCUGCCUCUAUGGCCUAAUUUUGUGCCCACCGUCUUUCUAGUUCUUUAGGCAAGGUUUUGUUUGGUUUCUCAAAAAAUUCAACUUUCUUCUCAACUGGAUUCUUCAUCACCUGUUGUUGCCCAUCCCUGGAAAGCUAUUUCUCCAGCUCUGCUUGGAUAGCCCUUUGUCAUCUUCCAGGCUCAGUUUAAAAUAUCACUUCCUCCGGGCAGCCUUUCCCAGCCCCUGGUCUCCGUUUGAUUUCUUUCGUGUGCUGUCAUUACAUCUCAUAUUUAUCACCCUGUUUAAAUAUAAUUGUAUGACUAUCUGUGUAACUAUAAGCCCCUUGAGCUAAUGUGUCUGUCCUGUUCUCCAGGGUCUCCACGUUCCGGGACAUGGUGCUUGGCUCAUAAUAAGCGUUCGAUAAAUAUUUGCUGAGUGGAAGAAUAAUGAUGCAGGUGGGAUUCCAAGUCAGGAACAUGGCGCCUUCACCUCUGCCACUCUGGAUUUGCGUUUUCCUAGAGGAAAAUCGUGAAAGUGAAAAGUGAUGGGGAAGCACAGCGCUCAGAGCAUGAGGCGGGAUUGAGGGGAGGGGAGGGGAGGGGCUGGGACACGUGUCGGAAAAUUCAGCAGGGCCAAGCGAGCGCCACGCCGGCCGAAGCACUGCCCGCGGACGCACAGGGGCGCCCCCUUGCGGCGCGGCCGAGCUGUCCUCGCCCGAGGACCAAGGGCUUCCGCGCGCGCGGGUUCCGGCCAGAGGCGGAGGGCUCCCAGGAGGGCCGCGCCAUCGCGCGGGGCGAGCGGGCCUUCCCGGCGGUCGCUGCAGGAGAGUCCCUCUCAGAUCCUACCUGCAGAGGCUCCCCCUUGACCUUGCCCACCAGGGCCUCCUGAAGGUGAGAAGCCAUUCAGGGCGACGGCUGUCCCCGGCUGCCACGAAUAUUCUGGGGACCAGAGUGGACGCAGCUUCCUUCUCCUGGACAAGAAAACAAUCAUUCCAAAAAACUUCAGAAAGGCCACCUACAAUAGUAAGAAAUGUUAAGAUUACCCAAAAAAGGAUUACCUAGACUUGAUCAAGUUCAAGAUGAAGAAACCUACCUGGAAAACUUAGCAGUACAGAGAAAUGCUUCCGCUUUUUUUGAAAAAUAUGACCGGAGUGAAGUACAAGAGUUGCUAACUACUGCCCUAGUCAGCUGGUUGUCUGCCAAAGAUGACGUCCGCUCUCAACUGGACCUCCCAUGUGGAAUUAUGACUCAAAUGAAUAAUGUAGGUUUCUCCACUGCCAUCCUGCUGACUCCUGUGGACCCUACUGCCCUCUUAGACUAUAGAGAAGUCCAUCAAAUCAUAAGGGAGUUGGCUGUUGGAAUUUAUUGCUUAAAUCAAAUUCCCUCAAUCAGUUUAGAAGCUAACUAUGAUCAGAGUUCUUCUUGUCAGUUACCACCAGCUUAUUAUGAUACCAGAAUUGGGCAAAUUCUGAUCAAUAUUGACUACAUGCUGAAAGCACUGUGGCAUGGAAUAUACAUGCCCAAAGAGAAACGCGCCAGAUUCUCUGAAUUGUGGCGUACUAUCAUGGACAUUGAUCCAGAUGGAAAGCCUCAAACAUAUAAAGAUAUUUUUGCAGAGUUUAGUUCUGCAGGUCUGAUUGAUAUUACGAAGGAUCCAGACUUUAAUGGAAUCUAUGAUGAAGACAUGAAUGAAGAUCCAACAUAUAACCCCAAUGGCCCUGAAGAAAAAGCUGUUUUUAUGAAAUAUGCUGAAAACAUCAUGCUAAAAUUAACAUUCAGUACCACACAAGUUCAACAGCAUGAAAAUGUUUUUAUAUUUGAAACAGCCUAUUGGCUCACGAAUGCUAUAAAAUGUAAUCAAGAUCAUCUUGAUAUUUGUACCUACCAGAGACUACAGCAAAGAUUAUAUCUCCAGAAAAAGAUUAUUCAAAAACACUUUGAGAAGAAAAAAGAAAUCAGAAGAGGGAUAGGAUACCUAAAGUUAAUAUGUUUUCUGACUCCCUUUCUACUGAGUUUAAAAAAGAAGAUGAAAGUUCCAUAUUUAAGUAGUCUGCUUCCACCUUUUUCAGAUGACAAGGUCAAGACAGAGCGAGAAUUGCCUCCAUUUAUUUAUGGACGAGAUUUUAAAUGCCAGCAUUUUCACUACAAAGAGGAUCAAUAUUUUCAUGUUCAUGGAGGAAUUGAAUUUGAUAUCAGCACACCUUCAAUUGAGAAUGCUUUGGAAGAUUUUAAGAACAAUUUAGAAAAAAUACGGGAUUGUGCUGCUGAUGCAUUUGUAGAAGAUUCAGGAUACAAAGAACAUUACUCAAUACCAGUCAUGGAACUUAAUGGAAAAAGCUACUAUGUGAUCUGUUUUGAACUUGAAACUUACUAUCAUCAACUAUAUAAGACAAAGUGGUGGGGAGCCAUAAAUGAAGUCGUGAACAAUCUGAAACCGAAAAGACUUCCACUAACAGAUGCCCAAUUACAUGAACAAUUUAAGAAAAAAUUUGGUUUCAAAAAAGCUAUGAAAUGCAAGAGCAUCCCAUUUGGUAUGAAGUCUGCUGUUGAAAGAGGAUUAUCUGCUGUUUUCCAUACAUUUAGCCGUAAAACCUCAAGCUCGACGAUCAAUGUUUCAGAUGAAGCAGGUUAUGCUAUUUUCCAUCACGCUGCUUUACACAACAGAGUUGCUAUUAUAUGUCAACUGUGCAAUGCUAACUUCAAUGUCAACCAGAGACGCUUUAUUAUGUUUAGCCAAGAGUCAUCAAAAAUGGACACGAGAAAAGAAAGAAAUGGUCCAACACCUCUACAUCUGGCUGCACAGGCUUGCUCAUUGGAAACAACCAUCUGUCUACUCUGUUUCAAAGCUGAUUACACGCUUUCUGAAAAAAGAGGUUGGAUGCCAAUUCACUUUGCUGCUUUCUAUGACAAUAUUGGUAUCAUCAUUGCUCUCUAUAGAAAGGAUCCUAGUUUGCUGGAAGCAGAGGCAACAGCUGAGACUCAAUGUACCCCCCUGCUGCUGGCUGCCACCUCAGGAGCACUGGACACUGUUCAGUACCUAUUUUCUCUUGGUGCUAACUGGAGAAAAACAGAUAUUAAAGGAAAUAAUAUAAUUCAUUUAUCAGUGCUAACCUUUCACACAGAGGUUCUCAAGCAUAUAAUAGAGUUAAAUAUUCCUGAACUCCCGGUUUGGAAAACUUUAGUAGAAAUGUUGCAGUGUGAAAGCUAUAAACGAAGGAUGAUGGCCGUGAUGUCUUUGGAAGUAAUUUGCUUAGCAAAUGAUGGAUACUGGAAAUAUAUUUUGGAUGCAGGUACCAUUCCUGCCUUAAUUAAUCUAUUAAAAGGUUCCAAAAUAAAAGUACAGUGCAAAACAGUUGGGUUAUUGAGUAAUAUCUCAACCCACGCGAGCAUAGUGCAUGCUGUAGUAGACGCGGGAGGCAUUCCAGCUCUCGUCAGCCUGCUGGCUUCUGAUGAGCCUGAACUACAUUCUCGCUGUGCUGUCAUUUUAUAUGACAUUGCUCAACUUGAAAACAAGGAUGUUAUUGCCAAAUACAAUGGAAUCCCAGCUCUGAUAAGUCUUUUGAAGUUAGACAUAGAAAAUGUGCUCAUAAAUGUAAUGAACUGUAUACGGGUGUUAUGUAUGGGAAAUGAACAAAAUCAACGAGCAGUGAGAGACCAUAAAGGCAUCCAACAUCUUAUCACAUUUCUGAGUUCUGAUUCAGACGUGUUGAAGGCCGUAUCUUCUGCUACAAUCGCUGAGGUGGCGCGUGCCAAUAAGGAUGUUCAGGAUGCUGUUGCCAUGGAGGGAGCCAUUCCUCCUCUGGUGGCUCUUUUUAAGGGGAAACAACUGAGUGUCCAAGUGAAGGGUGCAAUGGCUGUGGAAUCACUGGCUAGCUACAACCCGUGUAUACAGAGAGCAUUUCUGGAAAAAUCCUUAAGUAAAUACCUUUUAAAACUCCUCAAGGCGUUUCAAACAGAUGUUAAGGAACAAGGAGCUGUAGCCCUCUGGGCCUUGGCAGGACAAACCCUGAAACAACAGAAGUAUAUGGCAGAACAGAUUGGAUACAACUUUAUAAUAAACAUGCUUUUGUCACCAUCAGCUAAAAUGCAGUAUGUUGGAGGUGAAGCAGUCAUAGCUCUAAGUAAGGACAGCAGGAUGCAUCAAAAUCAAAUAUGUGAAGGGAAUGGAAUUGCACCGUUGGUCCGCUUACUGAGGAUUAGUAAAAUAGCUGAAGGCACACUUCUGAGUGUCAUCAGAGCAGUGGGGUCCAUUUGUAUUGGUGUCGCCCAUACAAGUAAUCCUAUCAGUCAACAAUUCGUUGUAGAGGAAAAUGCCUUUCCAGUACUUAUUCACCUACUCAGAAAUCACCCUUCUCCUAACAUCAAGGUUGAAGUGGCAUUUUCCUUGGCAUGCAUCGUCCUAAGGAAUGAUCUGUUACAGAAUGAAUUACAAGAAAAUGAAGGAUUUAAGUAUGCCGAUGUCCUUUAUCUUCUUCACUCACCAGAUAAGGAUAUUUGUUUAAGGGCAGGCUAUGCAUUAACCCUUUUUGCCUUCAAUAAUCGCCUUCAACAAUACUUAAUUUUGGAAAGUGGAAUAAUGACCAUAUCAAUCUUUGAGCCUUUUCUUGAAUCAGCAAUUGAAACUGAGAAGGCAAUGGCAGCAUUUCAGAUUAUUAUCUUAGCUAAAGUCAUUAUAGAUGUGGACCAUAUUACUUUGUCUGCAAGAGGUGUUACUAUUUUAGUGGAUAGUCUGUAUUCAGUUCAUUCCACUACUAUUGUCUUGACAGGGAAUUUAAUAGCUAGCCUGGCUCAUUCUAGAGCUGGUAUCCCAGAAGCAUUUACCACAUUAGGGACAAUCCAACAGCUCUGCUAUCAUUUGUAUUCCGGAAAAGAAGAGGUUCGCACAGCUUGCUCCUGUGCUCUUGGCUACUUAACUUACAAUGCAAAUGCUUUCCGCAUCCUAUUAAAGGAAUGCAGAAAUAAGCCUAACCAGUUCCUUCGUAUAACAAAUAAUAUCAACAGAGAUGCAAGUAUUAACCCAGCAUUUUUAAAGGAAUUUCAAAUGCAGCAACGAGUGGGACUUCCUUCUUUAAGUCUAGAGAAAAAUGGAGGACCAUCCAUAAUUCCUGUCUUUAAAAAAGGGAAAGAGCACCGAAGAAAAUUAAAACCUAAAAUUCAACCAAGAGAUUCUUUGACUUUAAUACCUCCUGUAACUAACUUCAUGGGACUCUUCAAAACAACAAAACAAACCCCUGUUUCUCACAAUAUUUUUUCCUUUUCAUCUGCAAUUUCAUCAGAUAUCAUAGAAGUAUCAAGACCAAGAAUAGUGUUUUUGAGCCAACUUGGGAAACAUGUACAGAAAGCUAACCCAGAGCCUGCAGAAGGCUAAUAAAAGCAUUAAUAUGAAAGUAUAAAAGAAUUCCUGAGCACUCUUUUUAAAUUCUUUACUUUUUUUAAAAGAAUUUAUUUUUAAGUAAUCUCUCUAUUCAAUGUGGGCCUCCAACUCACA